CAGUUUGUACUGUAGAACACUAUGCGUAUCACCCACACAACUUAAAUAAAACUCUGGCCGGCCCAAGCCCAUACACAUAACGAACGAAAAGGACAAUAUUAAAGUUAAUACAUAAACAUUAUUGCAGCAGUGAACACUUCCAUCUUCACUGCAAACUAAACUCAGAAAAAGUCCCUCGUACUCCACCAUGGCCAAUAAAACUUCACCACCAUCUCAAACCAUAGAUCCUUACCAGCACCUCAAAAUCGUUCAUAACCCCAACGAUACACUCACUCGCUCGAUUGAUUUUCCAUCUACCUUACCCUCAUCAGACACCACUCUUCCUAUCUCUGUUCUCACUAAGGAUGUUACCAUCAACCAAUCAAACAACACCUGGCUUCGAUUAUUCCUACCCCGAAAAGCAAUACCGGUUCAUGGUUAUUCUACUUCCAACCAAAACCACAAGCUACCUCUCAUUGUUUACUUCCAUGGAAGUGGCUUCAUCAUAACGAGUGCAGCUUCCACCAUGUCCCAUGAUUUUUGUGUGAACAUGGCAGAGAGCAUAGAAGCCGUCGUUGCCUCGGUGGAAUAUCGCCUUGCGCCGGAGCAUCGGUUGCCGGCGGCGUAUGAUGAUGCGAUGGAAACGUUGGUUUGGAUUACAAGUAGCCAAGAUGAGUGGUUGACACAUUAUGUUGACUAUUCUAAUUGUUAUUUGAUGGGGAGUAGUGCUGGGGCUACUAUUGCCUACUAUGCAGGUCUACGUGCAGCACAAGAGGUUGAUCAUCUUGAACCAUUAAAGAUCCAAGGGCUGAUAUUGCGCCAACCAUUCUUCGGUGGGACCAAGAGAAGCGGGUCUGAGUUGAGGCAUGAGAAUGACCCAGUUCUUCCGUUGUGUGUUUCUGAUUUGUUGUGGGAGUUAGCAUUACCAAUUGGGGUUGACCGUGAGCAUGAGUAUUGCAAUCUAAGGGCUGAGAAUUGUCUUGAGAAACUAGAUAAGAUCGAGGUGCUUGGUUGGAGGGUAUUGGUGAGUGGUAAUGGUGGGGACCCACUUGUUGACCGUGAGAAGGAGCUUGUGAAGUUGAUGGAGGAAAAGGGUGUGCAAGUGGUUAGUGAUUUUGAGGAAGAAGGUUGCCAUGGAGUAGAGUUUUCUGAUUCCUCUAAAGCAAAGCAACUCAUUGAGAUAGUGAAAGGUUUCAUUUCCUCGUUUGGAGCUUAGGAUGAUGGAUACCGUACCGAAAGCUAAACUUAUAUUGCACAUGUAAGUGAGCUUGGAGAGGAAGAUCCUUGAGGACCCCUUGUCUUACUGAGAUUUCUUGUUUAGAGAUCUCACCCCACGUUUGGGGGCGCUUAUUUCAGGUUCAGGUAAUAUGGGGGCUGAUGCCUCUAGCUGUAGGAGGCCAGAGCUUAGCUGAUGAUAUUGCUGUUAUAUUUAUGCUGUCAUGUCUGGAUUGGAUGUUGUUUAUGUUUUCCGCCUUAUUAUUAUGUUGUUGAUGUUGAGACUCAUGUUGGGCUUGAUGCCUUAUUUGGGAGAGCAUGGGGUUUGUCCAUGCCACUUUUUGUUAGUUCUUAAAGUUGAGUUGUAUAACUUAGUAGGUUGUCCAGCCUACGUGUUGUAGUUCCGUGACUAGAGACUUAUAUAUGUUAUUUUAAUUAA